UUUGGAUAUAUAGUAGCGAGGAAGUAAUGCUGAAGAAGUGUAGUAACACACUUGCGUACAUUGUAAAUUUCUCUUAUUAGGUUUUGGGUCAAAACAAUGAUGUAAAAAGAAUGUGAACAUAUGUAACGAGUGGUUUUUGAUCCUGCUCAAGUUUACCAUGUUUAGAGAUGCUAUUGGUCAUAAGUUAUGUUUUAUAUGAAAAGUCUAGCACACAGUUGCCUAUACCUUCCUGUCAAUGAUGGAAACAUCAUUUGGAGCAUCAUUGGCAAAUGGAGGAGCUCGUACUCGCGGAAGAAGUUUUCAAGAUAAAGAGUUUCAUUCUCCUCCUGGCUCAGAAAAAAACUGUCAAUCAUUUACUGAAGAUUCAUUGUGGCGAACAAGACGUCUUUCCAAUUUGUCUGCAGGCUCCUCAUAUCCAUCUCUCAACAGUAAUCUGAGUAAUUCAGACAGUGAAAAAAUAAAUAAGGAAAUUGUUGUCUUUGCUGACAAGCCAUCAGAGAAGUUAUUCUGUAUGAUAUGUUCAAAAGUAUUUCAAGAUCCUGUCAUUACAUCAUGUGGGCAUACCUUCUGCAGAGCCUGUGUGUUGAUGCGAAAAGUUGAACAUUGUCCUGUGGAUAAUAUUAGCUUGGUGGUGGUUGUUUCAAAUAUUGCGGUAUCAGAACAAAUUGGUGAGCUACUUAUUCAUUGUAAGUAUGGUUGCAUGCCAUCGGCUACUGAAGAAGGAAAGUAUGAAGUGAAUUCUGCAGGAUGUCCAGUAAAAGUAAAGUUGAAUUCUAGACAUGAGCACGAACAAAGCUGUCAGUAUGCUCCAAUUCAAUGUCCUAACAGCACACUUUGUCCUGCUGUCUUAAAAAUGAAUCUUGAAGAACAUUUGCAGCAUUGUGAGCACAUAAAAUGCAUUCAUUUAAAAUAUGGGUGUCAAUUUGAAGGCACAAAUAUGGAAGUCGAGGAACAUUUAAAUACGUGUAAAUUUGAGCCAAUGAAAGAAUUUCUCCAACAUUCUGCAGACCAAAUUGAAGUUCUUCAAACAGAAUUAAAAAACAAAGACCAGGAAAUAACGUUUUUGAGAUCCAUGCUUUUUAAAAUGUCGGAAAGGAUUGAAAGAGUUGAGAAAACUGUAGAUAUAAGAUUAGAUUUUCUUGAUGAAGGACACACUAAAUUAUCAUCAGAAAUCAUGGAGACAAGACGUGCAAUGUCGAAACUAAAGGAUGAUAUAUCUGAUGUUGAAGUACGACUAUGGGGCGCUGGAUCAUUCGAUAUCUAUCCGUUGUUUAAAUGCAGAGGAACGUUUGUUGGUCAUCAGGGACCGAUCUGGGCUUUAUGUGUCAGUAACGGAGAAUGGCUCUAUAGUGGUUCUUCUGAUAAAACAAUCAAAGUAUGGGACACACAGAGCACCUACAAUUGUGUGAAGACAAUGGAAGGGCAUGCUGGGAUUGUGUUGACACUUUGUUCCGAUGGAAAGAGGUUGUAUAGUGGCUCGUCAGACUGUACGAUUAAUAUCUGGGAUUGUUCAACGCUAGAGUUUGUUGAAAAGAUUCGUGGGCACGAAAAUCCUGUGUGUACUCUUGUUACGAAGAAAAACAUGCUUUUCAGUGGAUCACUUAAAAAGAUAAAGGUGUGGAAUCUCGAGACUCUAAAACAAGUCAAUGAGUUAACUGAACUGAAUCACUGGGUACGAGCGUUAGUUGCGUCUGAGAAUUAUUUGUACAGCGGAUCAUAUCAAACAAUAAAGAUAUGGGAUUUGGAUUCUCUUGAUUGUGUUCAUGUACUUGAAGCUUCUGGUGGAAGUGUUUACUCCCUUGCUGUUACUAAGGAACACAUCAUAUGUGGAACAUAUGAAAAUUCUAUUUUGGUUUGGGAUUUAAAUAACUAUAAGUUGCUUACGAAUCUCAACGGUCAUGUUGGUACUGUUUACGCUCUAUCCGUUGUUAGUACACCUGGUCAGACCAGACUGUUCAGUGCUUCGUACGAUAGAUCUUUACGAGUAUGGAACUUAGAGAGCUUGGCGUGUGUUCAAACAUUGUUACGUCAUCAGGGUAGUGUUUCUGCUCUUGCUGUUUCACGUGGUCGAAUAUUCUCCGGAGCUAUGGACAGCACUGUAAAGGUAUGGCAAUGUUAGUUAAAUAUACCGUUUUUGGAUUCUAUGCUGAAAAAAUGUAAAUUUCAAAUCUACGCUGUGAGCUGCUACGACAGAAAUGUAGAAUACUAUAUUGCAUUGCUUGCGAGUCAAAGUUGAGAAAAAUUUAUUAAAUAGAAUUGUUAAUAUAAAAAAAUUAUCACGAAUUUCAUUGAAGAAUUAUGUAAAUAUAGAGAUCACUUCAAGAAAGUAUUUUUUAAAGUAAUGAAGUAAAUGAAGCAAGUACUCUUGUUAACAAAACCAAGAUCAUGCUGGUAACACGAACCACUUGAAACAGCCAAAAUUUCAAAGAAUGCAUCAACGUAAUGGCAGUUACUACAAUCCCGAAGCAGAACCUAAACUACAAGAGAAUCUAGUCGAAAGUUUCGUACAAGAACGUUCUGGUAUUUGUAUACAGCGUGAAUUGUGAAUUGGAGAAACGAGUUAGGAUGCGUCAACAUUAAAUGCUGCUUAAGUUUAGCUUAUAGCAAUCAUUGAAAAAUUUGUCAACCAGCAGAUAAGCAAAUGUACGAUAAAUCUGUAAAACUCACGCCCUCCAUCUCUCGAAGACAGGCCGUCUAACCAACUGUUGCAAUUUUUAGUGUUUUGAACACAGAUUUCUUCAUGAAAUCGUAAAAAGCAACUGCUUCUCCAACAAUCCAUGCCACAUUUUCAUCCUCUGAUAACUUUGGUGGUAAAGAAGCUGAGAGGGUAGCUGUGAUCAAUUAGGUUCCAAAGAUUAAAAAAUUACGAAACUGACAAGAAAUAGCGUUAUCAUCAAUGAAAGCCUCUUAACGAAUUCCAUUAACAUUUUCGUCGACAACUUGUUUGAUUGCUUUGCUCAAAAUUUUGUGCAAUUUUAUGUCAAGUUAUGCAUUGUCAUUGUCAGUUACUCGGUCAGUUAUGCUUACUACGAAGACUUCGAAAUAUAAACCUGUAAAGAAGCAAUAUUUCAAAUUGUUUUCAGUAGAUUCUCAAAGUUAAUUGAUGAGCAAUUUCCUACUUAUCGUAUAACAAGUUGUGCAGUAACUGCAAGUAAUAAUUAAGUACAAAAUUUAUUUUCCCUUUCAGGGAUAUAAGUGAUUAAAUGUCUCGCAAACCGAA